GAGGAGGAGGAGGAGGAGGAGGAGGGAGAGCAGGGAGGGGGAGGGAGGGGCGUGCGCACGCGCGUCGGGCCGCCCGCCGCCGAGAGCCGCCCUCCCUCCCGGCGCGCGCCCCUCCUCCCUCUCACCCUCCCUCCUUCUUCUCCGCUCCGUCGCUCCCGCGGCGCGAGGCGCUCUAGCUCUUCUCCACCUCCUCCGUCGUCGCCCCUCCCCCCGCGCAGCCGCCGCCGCCGCCGCCGUCGCUGCCGCCGCGAGACCCCAGCGCGCCGCGCUCCCCCCGCCCUCCGGCCCCGCGCGCCCUUCGGCCCCAGCAGCCCCUGAGGAGAACGAGAGGGCGAGCGAGCGCGGCGCUCCCGGGCCGGCUCGGCCCCCUCCCCUCACCAUCGCCGGCCCUUUGCCGCCCUCCUCCGCUUCCCCCCCUUCCCCCCCCCCCCCCCCCCAAGUGGGGCCCCCCCCGGGGGGGGGGAGGCCCGGGACCGGGAGCGAAUUCCCCUAACUCCUUCAGCCCCUCCCCCCACCUGGCCCGAGUGUGAGGAAAAGGGCCCGGUCCGGCCCGCGUCGUGUGUGAGGAGGACUCGGGCCGGCCCACGGGCCGUCUGGGGCCUGGUCCGGCCCGCCGGGUGUGUGAAGACAAGCCCGGUGCGGCCCGGGCGAGCACGAGCGGAGGGGAGGGGCCUGGUCCGGCCCGGCCGGUGCGAGAGGACUGGGGCUCCGGCCCGGCGCCGCCGCCGCCGCGAUGGCCCAGCAGCAGAUGACCAGCUCGCAGAAGGCCCUGAUGCUCGAGCUGAAAUCCCUGCAGGAGGAGCCGGUGGAGGGCUUCCGGAUCACCCUGGUGGAUGAGUCCGACCUCUACAACUGGGAGGUUGCCAUCUUCGGACCCCCCAACACCCUCUACGAAGGCGGCUACUUCAAGGCGCAUAUUAAAUUUCCUAUUGACUACCCGUAUUCACCACCUACCUUCAGAUUCUUGACCAAAAUGUGGCACCCCAACAUUUAUGAGACUGAGAUUGGUGACUAUAUCUUACUCAGCCUUGUCUUUUCUAUUGAAAAACAGUCUGUGAUGCAUAUGAAUGGAGAUGUAUGCAUUUCGAUUCUUCAUCCGCCUGUAGAUGACCCACAGAGUGGAGAACUGCCCUCCGAAAGGUGGAAUCCUACUCAGAAUGUCAGGACUAUCCUGUUAAGUGUAAUCUCAUUGCUCAAUGAGCCCAACACCUUCUCCCCAGCCAAUGUGGAUGCUUCGGUUAUGUUCAGGAAAUGGAGGGACAGUAAAGGAAAAGACAAAGAAUAUGCUGAAAUCAUUAGGAAACAGGUUUCAGCCACUAAAGCCGAAGCAGAAAAGGAUGGAGUGAAGGUCCCCACGACCCUGGCGGAAUACUGCAUCAAAACUAAAGUGCCUUCCAAUGACAACAGCUCAGAUUUGCUUUAUGACGACUUGUAUGACGAUGACAUCGAUGAUGAAGAUGAGGAGGAGGAAGAUGCCGACUGCUACGAUGAUGAUGAUUCUGGGAAUGAGGAGUCGUGACGUGCUCCUUCAGUGCCCCUGUACUGCCCUGCCAUCUCAGGCCAAAGGGAGGGGAGCAAGUGGGGACCUAGCAGUGGCCCCUCAACAAAAACCUAUCACGGGGGUGGGAAAAACAAACAUGGCUCCUGCUGACUCCCCUUAUGGAUCUCAGUUUGCUCCUUUUUAUGGACCUCUUAAUGGAGAGAAAGUAAUCCUCCACAGAAUGUCUGAAUUCUUGCAUUCUUUACCCUUCCAUCACUGUAUUGAUUUUUUUUUUUUCUUCUUCUUCUUCUUUAAACCCAAACUUUCGCCUCACUUCGUCUCUACAGAGUGUUCACGGCAAAAACACCUUUGGUCUGUUUUUAGAUUCUUGAAGAAUUAGUCUUUCAUCAAGACGUUUGUGUUUAAAGCUGGGAACCCAUUGGAAGUUCACAAGUGCUGCAUAUACUGAGUAGCAAAAGAAAAUGGAAAAAAAAAUAUAAAAACCCCACAAAACAAACUUUAAAAAAAAAAAACAAAUUUGCCAAGAUUUAGCUGCUCAUUUACAUUAGUGUGUGUGCAUUCGAUCAGCCCCAUGGUGGGGAGUUUUGUUUCCUUUCCCAUCUUAAGGCUGAGAUACAGUGGGCAUCAGGGACUUUGUGCUAAGCCUGAUGAAAUGUGUUCCUAAGGGCACAGAGACCCUUCAGCCUCCAGGAAAUCAUCCUAACACCGCAGGGGGCCUCAGCUACUCUGAGAGAAAGAUCAGAUUUUGUUUUUUGAAAUCAAUUGGGAUCUAAAGCCUGAAAUAAAUAUUCAUACUUUACAUAGAACUGAGCACUUGAUUGCUAUUUAUUUUAAAGACAGAGUUGUUACCCUCCCCACCCCGAGGGAGUGGGGAGAGAGUGGAGACUAGUGUGUGUGUGUGGAGUCUUAGUGAUCGGGAACAAGGAGUUUAAAAUCACUAUGCCAAUUUUGGUUGAUGCUGCUGGGGAAAAAAAGUCAAAACUACUGGUGACCACUGUUGGAUAAAAAAACAUCUUAUGUGAACAUGGCCUUUCCCUCAAAGAUUUUUAAAAGACCCUCAUGGUGAGUGUAAGUAGCCAGUUUUAAUUACUCAGUAUUAAUCCUAGGUGCAUGUGUUAAGAUUUUGGUUUUCAUUGAGCUGCUUAUGCUGAUAGUGAUAGCUGUGGAUAGGAGACACGAGUGACCAGUUUCCGCUUUCCUCGUUGGAUGUGACCUGGACUUUUCUCUCCUUUCGAUGUACUCUGGCUGUGGAGGGCAAGCAGAAGUUGUGCAUGGAGCUUGCCCUGGGCUGCCUUGACUCUUCUAGCAGGGCCAAGGGAAUUGGCUGCAGGCAGUGUCUGGGCAACGCUAGAUCUUCCAACUGUGCUGCAGCUUUGACUUCCCUGGUCUCAAUCACGUGUUACUUCAAUCAAUAUUGAGAUCCAUCAGCCUUCACCAACCAGGGACUUCAGAACUUGGCGGUGAUUUUUGUUUCAUUUGGGAGUGGGCCAGUUCAUAGGAGGGCAGUGUUCUUUCAGUGGGGAAAAUCAUUAUAAUGUAAAAUUAGACUUCGGAAGGAAAAUACAGCAGAGACUGGCUACGAUCCUCCUCCAGAUCCCUGUGCACUGGUGUCAACUUCUUCAGAUCAUAGCUCAGAAAGAACCAAAGGGUUGAUGAGGGACAGGGGUAGGAUGGAUCCUAGAACAGAGUAGGUGAUGCUUACUUCCUUAGCUCCUCCUUCCUUUCUGAUCUCAGGGUUUUCAUUAGCUCUUCAAACUUCAACCAUUUGCUGACUAAUGCCCAGCAGACCUCUCUGGCCUCUAAAGUUUGAUUUGGUAUUAAGUGGGGAUGUUAACAUACAAAGGUUCCUAUGGGGACAGUGUUGAGCCUGGUCCCAGAAUCUCUGUCCCAUCCCCAUGGGGCUAGGACUACCUACACCCCUGAAUCUAGUGAUUCCAGUCAGAUUCAGAGAACAGAGCAGCUCUUUGUGACAAAACACUGGCCGCACAUUCUCAUAGAAAGAUGUUGGAACUAGCUUUUUAACACCUCAUGCUUAUAAUCUGCCUAUCUUCUGGAGCUCAAAGUCUCAUAAUGUUCGGAUUACCCCAUCAGCCCCACACACGUUUACAGCUGGUAGCUUGGUCUGCUCUCUUGGAGCCCUAUAAGGCUUUUCUUUUACCCCUUACCGCGAAAGCAUUUCUCUGUCAGGGCAGGCCAGGUGCCUUGGCAUUGCGGAAGGUGCUGUGUUGCUCAGCCCUGUCCCGUUAGGCCCUGUUGGCCUCUGUUGCACGUUGACUCAGGGAGCCAGAGAGCCAGGUGGAGGUCAUACCUCUCAGCCCUUUGGGGUGUUACUGUUGAGGGCUGGGUUUGCCUCUGAUAGAGUACAAUCAAUUCCAGAAAAGACUGGCAUGUGUUGAUUGGCUAGCAGGUAGACAUUCUGAGAACUCAGACUGACCUGUAAAACCCAGAUGCUGGUUCCAGAGCUCUGUCCUGAGAACACAUCCUGUGGCACAAGAAAACUUGAGCAUGUAAUUUUUUUUUUCUUUUUGAGAGUAGAGGUCUCAGGCUCAGGCCACAACCUUGUAAGUACAGUUGUGAUUAUUUGGUGUUGACAUGAAUUCAGAAUCCUGCAUUUUUAGAUUCCUUUUGAUUCUAGUGGAGGCCUCUCUGGAUGCUCUUCAGGUUUGUGUGUUUUGAGGCUGGUUGGAGAAAGUAAUAUCACGAUUCCGUUGUUGCUUCUCGAAGUCUUCCCCCUCUAUUUCGUAUCAUUCCAGAGUUCUUUUCUAUUAGCCAAACUUUUCUGUAGUCCCUUCUUUCCUCUUCCCUGGUGAUUACUUGCUUCUUUAUUUGCUGGUUUCCUUAUGUUUGGGACAUAUGCAGUAAGAGACUGAAGGGGAAAGUGUGUAGUUCUCCACUGAAAGUUAACUCCCCACCCCUCCCAUUCUGAAAAAUGGUUUACAUUUACAAAAAGAUUCAGAUGCAAUUUUCAACUAUUCUGAAACCAGCAGGACACACCUGACUUUAAUAGUUUUCUUAGCUGAAAUUGUAGAUGUUUUUCUUCAGUUUAACUUAUGAGAAAAGAUUAUCUGAUGCAUUUUUGUGUUGAACUUCCCCUUCCUUUAGUGGUUUAUUUUGUCUUUUUCUGCCCAUCUGUCUACUAAUAAAAUGUGAAAUAAAAUAUACCUGUAUUGCUACUUCCCCA